AUGUUUCGUCCUGUAACACCAUUGUCCGACAAGGAGAUGGAAGGAGCAGAUGUUGAAAAUAUGGAUCUGCCGAAUGCUGUGCCGAACUUUGACUAUGUCCCUGAUUUCGGACUUUCGUCACAAGUCGGGCGCGCUGCCGGUUUAAAUCCAUUUGAAGGAGGAGAGGAGGAGGAGGAGGAGAUGGUGGAUGUUUAUCCAACACAUGAGGCGAAACGCCAAAAAGUGUUUGGAGGAGAGAUGGAUUCAUUCCUACCGAAUGCUGUGUUGACCUGUGACUUUGUCCCUGACAUCGGACUUUCGUCACAGAUCGGGCGCGCUGCCGGGGGUAUGAAUCCUAAUGGAGGAGGAGAGGAGAAAAUCCCAACAAUGUUGGGAUGGAGAUGUGAUGAUGGUGGAAUGGAUUUUGUCCUUCCAUGUGCCGUCCCUGACAUAGUCCCGAACAACGGACAUUUGUUAGACAGACGCGCCGGGAGUUCACAUCCACGAGGAGGAGUAAAGGAGUUUACUCCUGCAUUUGAGGAGGCGAACAGCCCCACAGAAAAAUGUGAGAAUAAAUUAUUGAAAUCAUUAAAGAAGGGAUGGAAUAUUGUAAGGCGCCCAUUCCUUCAUAAUGAUAAAGUGGAAACACUGAUUCCUUCAGAGCUUAAUGCGGAUUCAGCUUAUCCUAAUCUAAAUUAUGAUGCUGGUCUGGCGAGCUCUGAAUUAAACAAUAAGAUCAAACCGGAAAAACAACGAAUGGCAUUCUUUGACUGUCUCCGGAGGGGCAAGGUGGAGUCAGUGCCGACUCCCCUGCUUAAAGCGGAUCCAGCUAUCCCUGAUGUUAGGGAAGUUGUUGAUCUUGCAUCACAGUCAAAGACCUACGUUGGUCCGAAGAAACAGAAACAAAAGGCUUCAAAGAGCCGCAAAUCUAACCUCCAGGGAGAAAAAGUGACUGUUGUGCCAACUCAACAGCCCAAGGCUAUUUCAGAUAUUCCUGUUGGCAUGGAUGUUCCUGCUCUGGCCGGCCCCCAAUCAAAACCAAAGAUUCGUCCGGAUAAACGCAUGACAUUGACGCAACGCUUCUUUGGAUGCUUCCGGAGGGGCAAAGUGGAGUCGAUGCCGACUUCACAGAUUGAGGCCGAUCCAGCUAUCCCUGAUGCCAGGGAAGUUGUUGAUCUGGCAGAUUCUCAAUCAAAGAGUGUUGGCUUAAAGAAACAAAAACAAAAGGCUUCAAAGAGCCGCUCAUUUCACAACCCUUGGAGUAAAAAAGGGAAGAGUAAAGUGAAAAAAGAUGCCGAUCCAGCUAUUCCUGAUGCCAUGGAUGGUGCGGAUCUGGCCAGUUUUGGUGGCAUCGCUGCAGCCAAUGCCAGGCUACAGACGUUAGGUGCCAUUCCAGAGACUAUUGGGUUAAAAGGUGGUGGAAAUCCUGACCCAAAUAAAGCAAAAAAUCCUGAGUCAAAAGAAGAUGGAAAUACUGGGUCAAAAGCUCUUGAAAAUCCCAGAAAUCCCUUGCCAGAAGAUGAUAAAGUUGUCAAGCCAAAAGUUAUAAAUGUUGUUCAAAAAGCUUUUGAACCGCCAAGCGAGAAGAAACAAGCUAAACGCUCAGUGCUUAGAGGUGAGUGUACUGACUUCAUUACUCCUACUUUGCAACAAUGUGUGAAAUGGUUUCUUCAUCAUAUUCUUCUGUACCUGGAAAUGUAUGCUGUACCUUUCAUCUGUGAGUAUAUGAGUGUUAACAUGUACUGUCACCUCAUCAUUUUUCUGUGUGUUUUUCAGAGCCUUUUGAUUCUAAAUAUCAACUCUUGGGGGAUGAAGUGCUUGGGGAAGGGUGCGGUGGCAGAGUGUACAAAGGGAUCCGUAUAUCUGAUGGCACUCCGGUUGCCAUCAAGCAAAUAAUCAAACAAAAGAAUGAAAGCACUCUUCAGAUUCCUGGAUACCCCAAACCACUUAUUACAGAAGUGGCGCUGAUGCUUAAGUUAAGAGAUGCGCCCUUUUGCCCCAAUGUCAUACAGAUGUAUGACUGGUACGAGACUAAACACUUUUACACGCUCGUGUUGGAGUACCCACU